AUACAGUAGAUGUCAGGACUUCAGGCUAUAAAGUCCACUCCUGAUAAGACGUGUCGACAGCUCAGUUUCAAGGCGAUUUUAGUCCAAUGCGUAAAAGAUCAUGACUGAAGCUGAGUUGUACUCGGUGUACAAGGGCGUUUAUGUUCCUAAAGUUCUUCACCCCCCUGAGUGCCUGAAGUACUACGAGGAGUUCAACUUUCGCCAGGAUGACAUUUUAAUUGUUACUUAUCCAAAAUCAGGCACAACAUGGAUGCAGGAGAUUGUCCCAUUGAUCCAGAGUGAGGGGGAUCUCACCCCUGUCCAGACCAUUCCAAACUGGGACAGAGUGCCUUGGCUGGAGGAGCACAGAGCGAGCAUCCUUAAUCUGGAAGACAGACCCUCUCCACGGAUAUUUGCAACUCACUUCCACUAUAACAUGAUGCCAGAGUCCUUCUUCAAAGUCAAGCCAAAGGUGUUGUAUGUCCUGCGAAACCCAAAGGAUAUUUUCACUUCCUCUUUCUACUAUUAUGGAAUGGCUUCAUUCCUGGUGAAUCCAGGAACAGUGGACGAGUUCAUGGAAAAGUUUAUUAAUGGAAAAGUAAUGUUUGGCUCCUGGUUUGACCAUGUAAAGGGAUGGACACAUGCCAAAGACCAAGAGAAUAUUUUAUACAUCUUUUAUGAAGAAAUGAUAAUGGAUCUCAAAGAGUCUGUUCGUAAACUAUCAUCUUUUCUUGGGAAAUCCUUGAGCGAAGAGGUAAUUGAAAAGAUAUCUGAUCACUGUGUGUUCAAAAACAUGAAACAAAACAAGAUGUCAAACUAUUCCUUGGUGCCAACUGAGUUCUUUGACCAAAAGAAGUCAGAGUUUUUGAGGAAAGGCAUUUCCGGAGAUUGGAGGAAUACACUGACUACAGCCCAAUCAGAUCAUUUUGAUUCUGUUUAUGAGGAGAAAAUGAAAGAUGUCAAGUUCAAAUUUGUCUGGGACUGAUGUUGAAAAACAAGCUCAUUACUUUGAUUAUUGUGGCAUAAUGAAGUUUCUGAGGAAAUGCUUUAAGUGGACAAUUCAGAUCACUUUUUUUAAUACUAAAUGAUGCCAAUCAUUUAUCCUCAUCAUGACUAAAUCUGUCGGGCAAAGAAGAUUUUUUCCUUUGCUUGUCAUUAAUUUGUAAAUCAACGGCAAUGCCCGUGUUGCGCCUGCAUUGUAACACAUGCAAGUGUGGUGUGAGGCGUGGGAAUGAAUAAACAAAACUCAACAAGCA